AUGUCCAAACUUAUGAUAUUGAUGGAAAAAAUCUAUCUACCACAUGUUGAUGUGAUUUCAACCUCUUCGUCAUCAUCUAUUCCACCUACAAAACAAACAACAGCAAUGCUAGUUCUCCCAAUUUUGUUAAAUUCUUACAGCGAGCACGAUAUCAUAUUCUUUAAUAACAGUGAUUCAAA